AUGGCAGAAAUGGUGGGGGUUCGAGCAGACAACGCCCGGGCUGGUGCAACCUUACGAUACGGAUUGUAUAUAUCGACGCCAUCCGGAGCGAAACCAACAUCACCACAGUAUUUUGCUGCUCUCAACUCCAAAAUGGCGGACAUGCGAAGCUCCACAUUUGUCCAGCCAUCCAUCGAAUGGACACAAGAUGCGAUGACCAAUGUCCUACGCAUUUACCUCCCAGGUUUCCAUAAGGAUGAGUUCAAGGUCGAGGUUGACAGCUCAGGGAAGCUAACAGUAAGGGGCGGGAGGUCACUUGGUGAUGGCAAAUUCAUGCGUUUGGAGCAGGUUUUUGAAGUUCCUAAAGAUUCAAAUAUUAAUAAGAUCAGUGGGAAAUUUGAAGGAGGGUAUCUCUCUUUAUUCAUGCCAAAGAAGGUGGUGAGAGAAACGGAAGUACCUCAGAGGGCUGUCUCACCUGAAAAGCCGAAAAGCGAAGAACCCAUUCAGAAAGAGAAGCCAAUGGCUGGUGACAAGAAAGAGGAAGCUCCAAUACAAGAAGACCAGCCUGAGAGAGGAGAGAGAAAAGAGGAGGAACCCAUACAACAAGAGAAGCCAAAAGAUAGAGAAGAGACAAAAGCAGCAGCUCCUGUUUAUGAAGAGAGGCCACUCACAGAUAAGAAAAAAGAGGAACACCUUAUCCAAGAUGAGCCUAUUCCAAAGCAAAAGCCAGUAAGCAGCACGGUCAGCGAAGACAGGUUUGAAAAAUAUAAAAAGAAUGGGAUGGCUUGGAAAGAAACAACUGAGGGGGAAGGGUGGCUGGAUUAUGGAUUGAUAGAUGGAUUAUUGGAGACAAUCAGCAAGAAUAAAAGAGUCAUUGCAGUAGCUGUUGCAGCCUUCUGCACAGGGUUUUACGUGUCUCAAAAGCUGAGGUCAAAUGGAAGAUGAGAUGGGCAUUCAACAGCCUUCUGCACUUGCUCCUUGCCAUAUAUAAUGCUGUUGAAUAGCUUCUGAAGUGCUAAAAGUCACUAACUACCACAAUUAUUUUGAUCUGCAUGAAGAUCAAAGAAUGCAAAAAUUAAUGAUCAAUUAUUGUCAUUCAGUCAGAUGUAAGGAAUGGUCUAUUGAAUAUUGAAGUACAACUGUUCAAGCAUAAGUUCUCUAAUAUACAGGGAAGA